CUUCAGCGUUUGUGUGUGGGACUCAACAACUAGCUGACCAGACAAAUGAAGUUUUAGAGAGAGAAAGCAUAAGAAUGUUAUACCACAAUACAGCCCAAACCAGCAAAUUUUAGAGAGAGAAACAAACAAGAAGUAACUCUAUACCAUUUUAUCUGUACAUGUUUGUAUACAUACACGUAUUUUCAUAGAUAUUGUAUUCGAAUUAGUGUUCAUAAGGUGGAAGAUUGUUAGAUAGAGAAAGCGAAAAGGUAUUGCUAAUUAAUUUGCCUAAUCGGAAGAGAAAAGGUUGUGGUGGAUAUUGAAAUUCCUGAGGAUCUGAUCCGACUCAACGAGUCAAGGCAGGUCGUGUCUUUGUCUUAAUGAGUUGAAGAGCAGGAGAUCGAAUUUCUCGCAAAUUUAGUUAUGGCAGCACCAGUUAACAUUAUUGUUGGUUCACAUGUAUGGGUUGAGGAUCCAGUCUUGGCAUGGAUUGACGGAGAAGUAACCCGAUUAGAUGGUCAGGAUGUUCAUGUGAAUACUACAAAUGGGAAAAAAGUUGUUGCCAAUGUCACAAAAGUGUUUCCAAAGGACACUGAAGCUUCACCUGGAGGUGUAGAUGACAUGACUAAGCUUUCAUAUUUGCAUGAACCAGGAGUUCUGCAAAACCUGGCUACUAGAUACGAACUUAACGAGAUAUAUACAUAUACUGGAAAUAUUUUGAUUGCAAUAAACCCUUUCCAAAGAUUACCUCAUCUGUAUGAUACUCACAUGAUGGAACAAUAUAAAGGAGCUGCACUUGGAGAGCUUAGCCCACAUGUUUUUGCAAUUGCAGAUGUUGCUUACAGGGCAAUGAAAAAUGAAGGGAAGAGCAACUCCAUUUUGGUCAGUGGAGAAAGUGGUGCUGGUAAAACUGAAACUACAAAAAUGCUAAUGAGAUAUUUAGCGCAUCUGGGUGGCCGGUCUGGAGUAGAAGGACGAACUGUUGAACAACAAGUUUUAGAAUCAAAUCCAGUUCUUGAAGCAUUUGGAAAUGCUAAAACUGUCAGGAACAACAAUUCUAGUCGUUUCGGUAAAUUUGUUGAGAUACAAUUUGAUAAAAAUGGGAGGAUAUCUGGAGCGGCUAUUAGAACUUACCUGCUGGAGAGAUCUCGAGUUUGCCAGAUUUCAUACCCUGAAAGAAACUAUCACUGCUUUUAUCUUCUCUGUGCAGCACCACUUGAGGAUAGAGAGAAGUAUAAGUUGGGAAGUCCUAAGUCAUUUCACUAUCUUAACCAGUCAAACUGCUAUGAGCUCGAUGGAGUAAGUGAUGCUGAGGAAUACCUUGUGACCAGGAGGGCCAUGGAUAUAGUUGGAAUCAGUGAGGAUGAACAGGAGGCAAUUUUUAGAGUUGUGGCUGCAAUUCUUCAUCUUGGUAAUAUUGAAUUUGCGAAGGGGGAGGAAAUUGAUUCUUCUGUCAUUAAGGAUGAAAAAUCUAUGUUUCAUCUUAACACAACUGCUGAAUUGCUCAAAUGUGAUGCCAAGAACUUGGAAGAUGCAAUGAUUAAGCGUGUGAUGGUGACACCAGAGGAAGUCAUUACAAGGACUCUUGAUCCUGAAUCUGCCUUGAGUAGCAGGGAUGCUUUGGCAAAAACAAUAUAUUCUCGUCUGUUUGACUGGAUUGUGGAGAAAAUAAAUAUUUCCAUUGGGCAAGAUCCAAACUCAAAAACAAUAAUUGGAGUUCUUGAUAUAUAUGGGUUUGAAAGUUUUAAACACAAUAGCUUUGAGCAGUUCUGUAUCAAUUUCACCAAUGAAAAACUGCAACAACAUUUUAAUCAGCAUGUAUUUAAGAUGGAGCAAGAGGAGUAUGAAAAAGAACAGAUAAAUUGGAGCUACAUAGAGUUCAUUGAUAAUCAAGAUGUACUGGAUCUGAUCGAGAAGAAACCUGGUGGAAUAAUUGCACUUUUAGAUGAAGCUUGUAUGUUUCCUAAGUCCACACAUGAGACAUUUGCUCAGAAGCUGUAUCAGACCUUUGUAAAAAACAAGCGUUUCAUCAAACCUAAGCUUUCACGUACCAAUUUUACAAUAUCUCACUAUGCUGGAGAGGUAACUUACAUGGCAGAUCUAUUCCUGGAUAAGAACAAAGAUUAUGUGGUGGCAGAACAUCAGGAUCUGUUAACGGCUUCAAAGUGUUCCUUCGUAGCUGGUUUAUUUCCUCCACUUCCUGAAGAAUCAUCGAAGUCUUCCAAAUUUUCUUCCAUUGGGUCUCGUUUUAAGCUACAACUACAAUCUUUAAUGGAGACUUUGAGUUCAACAGAACCUCACUACAUCAGAUGUGUGAAGCCAAAUAAUGUUCUCAAGCCUGCUAUUUUUGAGAAUAUUAACAUUAUGCAACAACUGCGUUGUGGUGGUGUUCUUGAAGCUAUCAGAAUCAGCUGUGCUGGAUACCCCACUAGACGUACAUUUGAUGAGUUUAUUCUCCGAUUUGGUGUUCUUGCUCCUGAAGUUUUGGAUGGAAAUUUUGAUGACAAGGUUGCUUGCCAGAUGAUUCUAGACAAAAUGGGACUAAAGGGUUAUCAGUUAGGUAAGACAAAGGUCUUCCUACGAGCUGGUCAGAUGGCCGAGCUAGAUGCAAGGAGAGCAGAGGUUCUUGGAAAUGCAGCCAGAACCAUUCAAAGGCAAAUCCGCACUCACAUUGCUCGGAAGGAGUUCAUCUCAUUACGCCAAGCUUCCAUUCAAUUACAGUCGUGUUGGCGAGCUAUAUCUGCUGGCAAAGUUUAUGAGCAAUUGCGACGUGAAGCUGCAGCUCUGAAGAUUCAGAAGAACUUCAGAUGUUACAUUGCUCGGAAAUCCUACUUAACAUUGCAGGAUUCCGCUAUCACAGUGCAGACUGGCAUGAGAGCAAUGAUUGCUCUCAAUGAAUUCAGGUUCAGGAAACGUACCAAGGCUGCAAUUAAAAUUCAGGCCCUCUUUCGUGGUCACAACAAAUAUUUUUAUUACAAGAGUCUUCAGAGGGCCGCUCUUAUCACCCAAUGUGGUUGGAGGCGACGGGUUGCUCGGAAAGAGCUUCGAAAUCUCAAAAUGGCUGCAAGAGAAACAGGUGCCCUCAAAGAAGCAAAAGACAAGCUAGAAAAGAAAGUAGAAGAACUUACAUGGCGCUUGCAGUUUGAGAAGCGAUUGAGGACUGAGUUGGAAGAAACAAAAGCACAAGAAAUUGCAAAAUUACAGGAGGCAUUGCAGUCAAUGCGAACACAAGUAGAAGAAGCAAAUGACAGAGUAAUAAAAGAACGAGAGGCAACACGGAAAGCAAUUGAAGAAGCUCCCCCAGUCAUUAAAGAAACCCCAGUUGUGGUUCAAGACACAGCAAAGAUUGAUGCAUUAACAGACGAGGUAGAGAGUUUGAAGGCUUUGCUGCUAUCAGAGAAACAGGCUGCAGAAGAGGUUAGAAAGGUUUCUGUAGAUGCUGAGGCCAGAAAUGUGGAUCUGGUUAGAAAACUUGAAGCAGCAGAGGGAAAAGUGGGUCAGCUUCAAGAUUCUGUACAGAGGCUUGAAGAGAAGCUAUCUAACAUGGAAUCGGAAAAUCAAGUAUUACGUCAACAAGCUCUGACCAUGUCACCUACAGGAAAAGCUAUAUCUGCACGUCCUAGAACAACUAUUGUUCAAAGAACUCCUGAUAAUGGAAAUAUUCAUAAUGGAGAAACUAAGGUUACACAUGAUAUGGUUCUUGCUGUGGCAAAUUCAAAGGAGCCGGAUUCCGAGGAAAAACCUCAGAAGUCCCUUAAUGACAAACAGCAAGAAAACCAGGACCUUCUGAUCAAGUGUAUUUCACAAGAUUUGGGAUAUUCUGGGGGUAAACCAAUUGCAGCUUGUGUUAUUUACAAAUGUCUUCUUCACUGGAGGUCUUUUGAGGUCGAAAGGACUACUGUAUUUGACCGAGUAAUUCAAACUGUAGCAUCAGCUAUUGAGGUUCCGGAUAAUAAUGAUGUAUUAGCCUACUGGUUAUGUAAUACGUCUACAUUGUUGAUGCUGCUUCAACACACACUUAGAGCAAGUGGGACAGCUAGCUUGACUCCCCAACGGUGGAGGUCUUCAUCAGCUUCUCUUUUUGGCAGGAUGUCACAAGGACUACGAGCUUCUCCACAGAGUGCUGGAAUCUCAUUUCUGAAUAAUCGGGUGCUUAGUAGACUCGAUGACUUGCGACAAGUAGAGGCCAAGUAUCCUGCUUUAUUAUUCAAGCAGCAGCUUACUGCUUUCUUGGAGAAAAUAUAUGGGAUGAUAAGAGACAGUCUAAAGAAAGAGAUUUCCCCCUUGCUUGGGUUGUGCAUCCAGGCGCCUAGAACAUCCCGCGCAGGUUUAGUUAAAGGGCGGUCUCAAGCUAAUGCUGGCGCUCAACAAGCCUUAAUUGCUCAUUGGCAGAAAAUUGUAAAAAGCCUAAAUAAUUACUUGAAGAUAAUGAAAGCAAACUAUGUUCCACCCUUCCUAGUCCGCAAGGUUUUCACUCAAAUAUUCUCAUUUGUCAAUGUGCAACUUUUCAACAGUCUGCUUUUGCGACGCGAGUGUUGCUCAUUCAGCAACGGUGAGUAUGUGAAAGCUGGAUUGGCUGAAUUAGAACAAUGGUGUUGUUUUGCGACUGAGGAGUAUGUGGGAUCAGCUUGGGACGAAUUGAAGCAUAUCAGACAGGCUGUUGGUUUUCUCGUUAUACAUCAAAAGCCUAAGAAGACCUUGAACGAAAUCACAAAUGAACUUUGCCCUGUUCUUAGCAUACAACAAUUAUACAGGAUUAGUACUAUGUACUGGGAUGAUAAGUAUGGCACCCACAGUGUUUCUUCAGAUGUCAUUUCAAAGAUGAAAACUUUGGUGAUGGAUAACUCGAACAAUGGAGUGAGCAGUUCAUUUUUAUUAGACGAUGACUCAAGUAUCCCGUUCUCUGUGGAUGACCUCUCCAAGUCUAUGCAACAAGUAGAUGUUGCUGAUGUGGAGCCUCCCCCAUUAAUCCGCGAUAAUUCAGGCUUUGUAUUUUUACACCAACGCUCAGAAUGAAGUCGUGGCAUUUGGUUAUGUCCUGUCCUAUUUGCCGAUGAUCCACACGUCAAGCACAUGCAGAUAGUUGUGAAUACAAUUUCAUCGUUGUCGCAUCAUUUCUAUGUAUAUUUUUCUUCAUUAGCUCAAACACACUUGGUUUGUUGUCUUGCUUGAUUUGCCUUUUAUUUUUUCCUGGACUUUUCAACGCAAGAAGCGUGAUCGAAAGGCCUUAGGGGGCGUCCUAUGCUUGAUGAUAUUAAAAGUAUAGGAACAUGUAUUGAUUGGCUUACAACGGUUGUUUGCCAGGUUUUUGGGUGUAAAUUCAUAGGAAUUUCAGUUUUUUAGGGUUCUCUAUUUGUUACAGAAUGACAGAAUGCAUUUUAAGGUGGUGAUGUAUUCUUUUGAUACAUAUUUAAGGUGUCGACAAGAUAAGGAUCUUGUAAAUGACUCCUAUAAAGAAAGGGUUCUUGUAAAUGACAGUCAUUUAUUUCUUUUAUUAUCUUAAUGUAAAGACAGAAUUUUUUAUUUUUA